CUGGUGGAUCACUAUGGGAUGCUGGAGGAGUUUGUUACCAUGGUGACGGAGCUGGUCCCCGAGCUGAUGAGCUACAGUCAGAGGGCUCAGCUCGUCCUGGGACUCAGGGCCAGGGUCUGUAUGUGUUCACUGAUACAUCACACUGGGAGGACACCUCAUUCACCAGUUGCUCUCAUUUGGAGGGGGGUGUUUUUUUUACACAGGCUGAAUUCAAAGCUAAAGGAAAAGCAUAAGACAGGACGGUAAUAUCUCACGAGUUCACAAAGAUCUUUAUUUGAGUUACAUCAGGUGGGCAGUGUAGCAACAGGUCAAACAUUGCAGAAAAAGUCCAACACCAUUAAAGUGUGUAAAAUUUAUAAUUCAAAUUAAAACAAAGACAAACCAGAAAGGCAGUCGGGGAGCUCCGAGCUCCACCAAGGCCCAUUGGCCACAUUAUCAUCUUAUUACAUAUACUGAAUUGAGAUCAGAGAUAUAUCAUGUACACAAACUGUUUAUAUUAAACUUAAAAUACUCAUUAUCUGAUGUAGUGGAAGGAACUGAAUAUUAACCUUGAUUCACAAUGUCUCCUGUUCCUAGAUAUGAUCAAUGUUCUAAUGUCUGAGGGUUUUCUUUGUGUUAUUUCUUGAGAAAUUUACUAACAUGUUAAAAAAAGCCCCGUUUCACAAUGUGAACAGGACUUUCCCUCAGUACAGCGCAUAUCUCCUCAGAUGCUUAGAAGUCCCCUCAUGGAACCACAUAGCCUCCACCUGACGAGCCCAGCAGAGGGUUCACAAUCAGGUCUGUUUUAAUGUGUGCUAUUUGUCUGUGUGUGUCCCUGAAGCUGGUUCUGGAGAUGUGUCGAGGCGAGCACCCGGCGGACAUGCAGACCAUCCAGCCUCACCUGGACCGAAUCAAAGCUCCUGUCAGCACGGCCAAGGAUCACCAUGUGACCAUCAACCAGGUGGAAGAGUCUGAGGUGAACUUUGUGGAGCUUGUGCACUCAUUACUGGAGGACCCGUCUGAAAGAAAAUAUUUUUUCGAGGAGAUCUUCCCCGUGUACUUCGGGCCAAAGUACGACGCCGCGCUGGAGAUGCUGGUGUGGGAAUUUAUAUCGAGACUGGACGAGCUGCUGCCAGUUCCAGAUUUCACACAGUUGGCUGCUCUGCUCGGAGACGCUCCGUCAUUCCUGGACGAAUGUUUACAAUCCUUCUUCCCCCCAGAGGACAUGAAGGCUGUGCUGGAGCACCACAGGAACCUCGGUCACUUUGAGGAGAAAGAUCCUCGAUUGUUACCGAUGGACGACUGCAUCCUCUCCUCCCUGUCGCUACCUCCUGGGGCCAAACCUGCCACCAACACCACCUCCUCCUCGCCUCCUCUCAAAGACUCGGCCUCUCCACAGCACAAAGGGCGUCCGGACCCUCCCAUCGGCACCAGCAGCCUGGAGCUGGCGUGCAGGAGGAGCUCUGACACGAUCAGACAAAGCCUCAUGGAGACAAAGAACUCCGGCAGAUGGCAGCUGCAGGUUCAAGGCGGCGGCGGCGGCUCUCAGGAGAGGAAGGUGCAGAACUCAAUUAGCGCCGGGCCAUGUGACGACACCAUAGACCUCACCGCACCCACCGAGAGCGGCGACGCAGGCUCGGCGGCCAAUGGGGACGGCCACAGCUUGAGAGGAGGGAGGGUUCUCAGGAAGAGGAAGCUGAGCGGUGGUGUGGACAUUCCCGCCAAGCUGCCUGUCGACUUCCCGGCUUUUUUGUAA